GUGUGGGCCCAGCGUCUUUCCUGGAGCGGCUCGUGGGGUCGUGACCCCGGAAGUGCUGUGUCGCGGCGUCCCAGUGAGGGAGGAAAGGCGGCAAUCGGUCGGAAGCGUCGAACGGCUCGCAAGGGGGAUAUGGCCGGGUAGGCGGCCGAGGCGCCGGUGAGCGGAGCGGGAGCCCCGGUUCGAGCCGCGGCGGCUCCCCGCUGAAAGAGCUUUUUUGGGGAAAUGGCCUCUCCAUUCAAUGGUCCCACAGCAGUUUCUGAUGUAAUUAAAGAUCUAGACACUCAGAUAGCUCUGAUUGGUUUGGGCCCACACAAUCCCAAGAAGAAGCAAGAUCUGGACAAGCUCUAUGAUCUGAAGGCUAAAGCUCAGCAGAUUAUGAACCAGUUUGGCCCAUCUACCUUGAUCAAUUUGUCCAACUUCUCCUCAAUCAAGCCAGAACCAGCCAGCACCCCUCCACAUAGCUCCAUGGCAAACAAUACCACUGUGGCGAAGAUGCCAGGGACCCCUAGCAGUGGCGGGCGCCUCAGUCCUGAAAGCAACCAGAUAUUAACUAAGAAGAAACUACAGGAUCUUGUCAGAGAGGUGGAUCCAAAUGAACAACUGGAUGAAGAUGUGGAGGAGAUGCUGCUGCAGAUCGCGGAUGACUUCAUUGAAAGCGUUGUGACAGCUGCCUGCCAGCUUGCACGACAUCGCAAGUCCAACACUUUGGAAGUGAAAGAUGUCCAGUUGCAUCUUGAGCGGCAGUGGAAUAUGUGGAUCCCAGGUUUUGGUUCUGAAGAAAUCAGGCCAUAUAAAAAAGCCUGCACUACAGAAGCUCACAAACAGAGGAUGGCGUUGAUCCGCAAAACAACAAAGAAAUAAUGCUUGGGAAUGGCAGGGAGAUUAAAAUGGCUCUUCUGGGCGGGAAAUCUGCCUCAAGCUUGUGGAGUGCCCAUGACGUCAUCUGUGGGAUUCUUUUUUAAGGCUUUGCAGAGAAGCGUACCUUUUAACUGUGCAGCAAUAUCUGACUUUGAGGGGAGACCUGCCAAAAGUCGAUAGACCCUGCCUCUUUCCCCCACCCCUCCUCCACAACAUAUUUCCCCAAGAGAACACAAUGUAUCUUGAAACACACAGACUUUAUUUUCUGCCUUCAGAGUGAUUUAUGGUGUAAGUGGUUGUCCAACGGACAGAAUAUUUUGGUAUUUUGGGGAACAGUAUUAGAAACAGCUAUAGAUGUUUUUUUCAUUUCCCUCUUACUCUUUGUAAUGUUGCUGUUUAUAGAUAUUUGGAUUUGUUUUAUCAGCAAAGACAUUAUGACUCUAAAACUAGGUCGCAGUACUGGCACGGGUUGCGAAAAAGCAAAGGGCAUCAGGGCAAGAGCCAGAGAAAGGGCUGUUCAUUAUAGGUUGUUCAACGCAAACAUCUCUUUUUCCUCUUUUAAAUUCCAAUAUGGUCCAUAUUGCAAGUCCCUUUAACUCUUAAGGAUGCAAUGGACAUCCACUGCAUAGCAAAAUAUCUGUGAAGUUCUGUGCAGAUUGUGGUUCUGUUGGAAAGCGUUGGUGCAGUUCCCAACACAGAGAGAUUAUUAUUAUUAUUGUUAUUAUUAUUAUUAUUUUUAAACUGGCAGCAUCUGUCUUGUGAAGAGAACAGUCCUCAGUAUCCACAGCCCAGAUAUCAAUCUGUGCUCAUAGAACAAUUGGCUUGCCUCCUGUCUCUUCUGUUACCGGGAGAAAAAUAUAAUUGAGAAUACUUUGCUUUCAUUGAGUGUUCCAAUACCAAAAGCACAACUCAGGCUGAAAAUCAAAAUUGGUGCAAAACUGUUGCCUCAGACUUUCAUGGAUUAUGAAUGGUGGGGGUUUUUUUGCUGCUUCUGAAGCUCCUCGCUUGCUGAAAAACUGCCCUCCUUCCUCACUUCCUCUUUGAUAGGUUGAACUGUAGCAACAGAAGUGUUGCACUGCCUGUGUUCUGAAUGAACAAGCCACCUCUGACCACACAACUACACUUUGUGUUCUCUCUCUGUGCGUAACAGGUUUUCAUUAAGCCAUCCAGCAGUGGCUAUAGAAGCUUUCCCUUUUUAUGCAAGUUCUCCACUCAUUUAGACUACGGUAAUAAACAAGUACUUUAAUGUUCCCUGUUUUUCAAGAUUUCUCAUGCACUUUGCCCCAGGUAGCAUGCAAUUUAGUGCUUUCCAUUAAAAGGAAAAAAAAAUGGCAUCAGUUCAUAAAACCACAAUGCUUGCCUUUGUAGCAUGAGCCAUUAGGAAUAUUCCAGCGUGUCAUUUGUUCUUUUAAACUCUUGUUCUAAAAGAGUAAAUCUCCAUUUGUGAAAACAAUCCAUCCUUUUGUUUCGCCAUGGGAUUAGCAGCCAAAUGGAAUCCAACUGAGGCAUAUGUCUAAAUAAUCCAAAAUGAAUUCUGAAAUUGCACCAUGGAGGCAGAGGGGGGUGGGGAGGGGGAAGAACCUUUGCUGCUGUUAUUUUAUGUAUUGCAUCACUUGAAAGCAUCUUCGCCAUUAAACAACCAAUGACAAGGGCAUGUUUAUUUAUUGUCAUCCCCAUCCAUGAUCAGGGACGACGGGACUUGGAAGUCGAAAGACAUUGCGGUAUUGCCUCAGUAAACCUUUCCCCUUCAAGAAAUCAGUACAUCCCGACCCUCCCCAUUAGCCACCCAAACUUCUAAGGACUUGCCCCAUAGCUGCUGCUGUUUUUCUUAUACCGAGUUCUUCACAUGCUGCUAUUUUUCUGCAUAGAUGAACUGUUUUUUCUAUAGUUUUUGAUGAAGCUAGUACAUGGGCUUUUCACCAUAAACUGCAGAAUCAUUGUUUCCCAUUGCAUAUGCAUGCUUUAGAUAUUACACCUUGGGUUGUAUUCAGAGUAGCUCAGUUGAAAUUAAUGGACCUCGUCAUGCCCUUUAAUUUCAGUGGGUGUACUCGAGUAGAAGUUAACUGAAUGCAACCCCUUAUAACUGCCAUGUGCAAUGGUGUAUAGAGAAAUUAAUGUGUUGCUGUAAGCUUGCAUUGGCAAAGUAUUGUGAACUAGCCCAAAUACACUUACAGAAGGUCAACAGAACUCAGACCACAGUUGUAUCACCCUGUCCCAAAAAAUAAAUUUGAGGCCCUGCUUCACGUAAUACCUUAAAUUGGGCAGUAUAUCAGAAGUAGGCUACAUGUAAUUCAAGUGUGUGGUCCUGAUUUUCUCCUGUAACAUGCUUUUUCACAACCCAACAGUAAAGGAGGCCUCCUGCUUCAAGCAUAUGUCCACCAAGUGUGUUACUGCAAACCACCCAGAAGAAUGCAGCUUGGACAUGUCAUCAGUGAAUAGGUGGGUUUCCCAGCAUCAGAUAUGCAGAAAGGUAGAUUUCCCCUCCCCCCACAUGAAAUAAAUGCAACUACAAACUCAACUCAAGUCCUCACUGUGGCUUCUGCUGAUGCUCUUUCAAGUAAAGAUGGUGAGAUGAUAAAUGCAGCUCUCUGGAUGAGAUGGUGUGUACCGAAUACAAUAAAUGGCAUUGGCAAAAUGAAAA